AUGGUGGACGCGGAUCCGAAAUCCGGCGAAUCAUUGUCUGAAGUCGAAGAAGUAGCAUCGGAUUCGGACGACAGUUGGGCUGCCACCGAUCUGGAAGAGGAUAACGGGGACGCUGUUAGCGAGGAUGUGGAGGAGCAGGAUCGCGAGUUUCCGGGAGUGAAGGAAGUUGGUGCGUUGGAUGUAAACGGCGCGAGUGAAGACAAUGAGAGGUCAUUCUGGGAGGUGCAGUUUGAGAACGAUGAGGAAAAUGAGGAUUGUGAUGAUGAUCCAGAUCGGAUGAAGCGUUGGUCUAAGAAUGCGACCACGCGAGCAGGGAAGAAGAAGAGGAAGGAAGAGGAGGAAGAAGAGGAGCAAGAGCUUUCGAGUUUACCAUCUGAAGAGGAGGAGGAAGAGGAGGAAGCAGAUGAGGAUGAGGCGCUGAGCGUUCGAGCAAAGCGGGCGUGGAGGAACAUGAAGAGGUGCAGCAAUGGCGAUGGGAAGAAAUCUCAAAAGCAGCAAAAACAGCUAGAUAAGAAGCGGAAACGGGCGGCAAAGGCAGCAGCGUGGGUGCGGCAAGUGCAUUUAGAGGGUGAGGAGGUGGAAGAAGAGCGAAUGGCGGAGUGGGAGAGGGAUCUAGCAGCGUGCAACAGAGGGGAGGUGACGCCUCAGCAGCUGGUGGAGAAGAGGGAGAGACCGCGGGAGCAGGAACCAGCUCCGGAUAUUCUCAUGCCGCUUCUGCCGUUUCAGAAGGAGUGGCUUGCGUGGAGCCUCAAGCAGGAACAAGGUCCCAUCAGGGGCGGCAUCUUAGCAGACGAGAUGGGCAUGGGGAAGACCAUCCAAGCCAUCUCCCUUAUAGUCACCAGCCGUCAGCUACAGUCACACGCACCUGCUGUCAACCCAGUGCUGCCUCAGCCACUGCCACCAUCAUCAUCAGCAGCAGAAGCUCCAUCAGCUAAGGCAGAAGCAGCAUCACCCGCUGCUGCUACUCCUGCUGUUGAUGCUCCCUUCCCAGCUCCCACUGCUGUAACCGCCACUUCCGCUGCAGGCACACAAGCCACAGCUGGCAAUCCAGGUUCAUCCGGUGGAGGUGCAUCUGAGCCGGAGAGGGCAGCAGUGAAGGCAACGCUCGUGAUCUGCCCGCUCAUCGCAGUGCUUCAGUGGCGGCAGGAGAUCGCUCGCUUCACUCGCCCAGACAGUGUCAAGGUUCUGGUGUAUCACGGUCCCAAGCGAGCAAUCAGUGUGAAAGAUUUAGAGGAGUAUGAUGUGGUUCUAACCACAUUCUCCAUUGUGGAGGCUGAAAUGCGGGCAGCUGUGUUCCCCUCCAAGGUGCCCUGCCAGUGGUGCGAGAGAAAGUUUUUUCCUGACCGGUUGGAGAUCCACCAAAAGUAUUUCUGCGGUCCGAAUGCGAAGAGGACCGCCAAGCAGGCGAAGCAGCAGAAGAAGCUGCCGAGAAGCUUCAAGGGGAUAGGGCAAGGGUGGAAAGGGGGGAAGGGUGGGAAAGGUGGAAGCGUUUUGAAAGGGAAGAAGGCGAAGUGGAAGGGGGAAGAUGAGAGUGUCAGUGACUAUGAGGAGGAGGAGGAGGAAGCUGAGGACGAGGAGGGGGGAACUUGGAAGGGGAAAGGGAGAAAUUUGGAAGAUGGUAAUGAUGGUAAUGGUGCCGGUGGCAGCAGAGGUGGUGCAACUACAGCUGGCCAUGCGAAUGCACCGACUCCUAGAGGGAAGAAGAAGCAACCCCCAGGGAAGGCGUCACCAGCAUCAAUAUUGCACUUGGUGCGAUGGAGGAGGAUCAUUCUAGACGAGGCACACAGCAUCAAGGACCGGCGGUGCAACACGGCCAGGGCUGUCUUUGGCCUGCGCUCCGACUUCAAGUGGGCGCUCAGCGGCACGCCCCUGCAGAACCGCGUCGGGGAGCUCUACUCGCUCAUCCGCUUCCUUCAGAUUGAUCCGUACUCGUACUACUUCUGCCGCCACUGUGACUGCCAAUCCCUGGACCACAAGUUCUCUGCACACAAUCGCAAGUGCGACCAGUGCGGCCACUCCCCAUUGGUCCAUUUCUGCUGGUGGAACAAGUUCGUGGCGAACCCCAUAAUGAAGCACGGGUACGGUGGUGAUGGCAGGAGGGCCAUGCUGCUGCUCAAGCACCGUGUGCUCAACCGCGUUCUCCUGCGCCGCACCAAGACCGAACGGGCGGCGGACCUCACUUUGCCGCCCAGAACUGCCACGCUGCGCAGAGACCGAUUUGACGCUCGGGAGGAGGAUUUUUACGAGGCGCUCUACACCCAGAGCCAAUCACAAUUCGCCACCUACGUGGACACAGGCACCCUGCUCAACAACUACGCGCACAUAUUCGAUCUGCUCAUCCGCCUGCGCCAAGCAGUGGACCAUCCCUACCUUGUCGUGCACUCCGCCUCCCACAACACUGCUGCUGCCGCCGCCGCCGCCACCGCUUCGACUGCUGCUGCCACUGCUGCUGCUCCGUCAGCUGUUUCUGAAAGGACAGGACUAGGGGCGAAGGAUGGGGGAGUUGAAGGAGGAGGGGGGGAAGUGGGCUUUGGAGGAGAAGGGGAAAAGGAGGGGGAGAGAGUGGAGGAAAGAGAGGACGCAAGUGUGUGUGGCAUCUGCUGUGACUAUGCAGAGGACCCCGUGGUGUCGCGCUCUUCCUCUCCCGCCUCUCCCCCUGAAAGCACUGUGAAUGGGGGGAGAGUGGGUAGUUCACGUGGAAAGGGGAACGGGGGAAGGGGGAAUGGUGGUGGUGUGGCUGGGGAAGGGGGUAGGGAGGAGGUGGACUUCAUGAUUCAGAGGGAUCCAGGCGCCAAGGCCCUCGUGUUCAGCCAGUUCAGUCAGAUGGGGUUCAAUAGGGAGGAGCUGGACGGCAUGAUACAGAGGGAUCCAGGCGCCAAGGCGCUCGUGUUCAGCCAGUUCACGUCCAUGCUCGACCUCAUUGCAUACCGCCUGCACCAGGUGGGAGUGCGGUGUGUGAAGCUGGAUGGCAGCAUGACAAUGGAUGCUCGGGAUCGAAUCAUUUCCACCUUCACUCGCGAUGCUGACUGCCGGGUGUUCCUCAUGAGUCUCAAGGCAGGAGGGGUGGCACUCAACCUUACUGUUGCCUCCCAUGUCUUCCUGAUGGAUCCCUGGUGGAACCCUGCUGUGGAGCAGCAAGCGCAGGACAGGAUCCACAGGCUCGGGCAGUUCAAGCCUGUCAGGGUGACUCGUUUUGUGAUAGCAGGCACUAUAGAGGAGCGCAUCAUUAAGCUGCAGGAGAAGAAACAGCUCGUGUUUGACGGCACGGUGGGAGGAUCAUCAGAGGCGUUGGGGCGACUCACAGAGGACGACCUGCGCUUCCUCUUCACCAACUGA